AACAUAUCCACGGGACUUGAUGAAUACUUCAUGUUCGAUUUUCUCAGACACUAACAUAUCUGUAAUCAGAUUAUCAAGGUUGGCUAUUCUAUUGCUCGGUCAGUUAACUUUAUGUUCUCUACAUAUCCUUGGGACUUGGCCAAGACUCUGCACAUCGUACUCUUGGCCAUCUAGCAGGUCUACCUGGGGAGAAAUUCGAACCAUGCAAUCCAGUGCCGAGAUUUGGAGCCCCCGUUUCCCCUCAUUGCGAACCAUCCUCGUCAGUUUGCGGAGAAUCAAGACGAACAGCUUGUUUGUAGUACAAACGAGGUUAACGUUCUUGGUGUCCUGCCUACUACAUGAUGCCUUCGCCUCUUGAUAACGGACCAAGUGGUUCAGAGUCAGUGACAACAGACUGAAGGCCAGGGAAAGACCCAAGUGUCCUGGAGCAACAAUGAAGCCUACUGAGAGAUGUUUCUCCAACCGUGCUCGCAUGCAUCGACGAAACGCCCAGCAUAGCGCCAGCCUCUACAUGAACACAGUCGAUCAGCAGAAGCUUGAGCUGGCCGAGGCUGAGGACAAGGCUGUUGACAUGUUGCACUAA